AUGCACUCUAUCCAAGACUCUCAUACCAUACCCGGAACAGCAGAACAGCAAGUCCAGGUUGACAACAGCUCAGAGCCCAAGUGUAACGAACAGUACACAGGGCCACGGGACUCCCGCGCAUCACGGAGAGAGGUGGCAGGCCACGAGUGCAGAGACGAAGGAAGAUCGGUGAUCCUGUUAGAAGCAAAGAGAAUCCGCCAUCCGAAAGAAAGAAACGCCAAAAAUGCCAAAAAUGCCACUCUCGAAGGCUGCAGCGCUGGUGUGACACGCCUUCCCGCACCGACGGCACGAGGCGUCUUCGCGAUCCGUUCGAUGGUGACGCUGACUCUGCUUACCGAAGCUUUGACGCGGGGGGUAGACAGCCAUCAUGUCGUGGACGGUCAAACGGCCAAUAUCACUUCGCAGGGAAUUAAUUGUAUUGAGCCUACCUGGCUUGGGAGAGGAGGCUUGAUAUACUCUCCAGCAAUCUGA